GGAAGAGGGGCCAGUUGUCACUCUCUUUCAAAGGAGUGCGCCGGCCCGUUGCGAGAAAUGGUACAGACGCGCGCCGCUAGGCGUUCGCAUGCCGAGGGCGGCGAUGUUGAGAUGGUCGAUGCCCCCCUCCACUUCUGCGCAGACAUCGACAGGCUCGAGAGGGUGCUCCGCGCUGAGAAGAAGCGGUUUUCGGCCAUAUUCAACUCGUUUGAGACCAUCCUAGCAGGUACGCAGCGGCAGAAGCGGCUGACAAGACCUUUCCAUUGUACUCUUCUAUCUCUGUGUGCCAAUUGCUGUGUGCAGGGCUAAAGGCGUGUGCUGGCGAUGUGGAGGCGUUGAGUGAGGCGCUGGUGCUGCCGCCGUUGAGUCUCAUGCAGAGCUUCAACGAAGUGGAGGUACGCCGGGGUGGGGGCUCUCACUCACACACACGACGCCCGAGUGGCUGUGUCUGCUGGGGCGUUCAGGGUCGUUUGACCACGGCGCGCAAGGCGCUGAACUAUGGCAAGCUGGACAUCGACCGCUACGAAGAGGUCACCGACGCCCUCAGGGACGUCAACCACUUCAUCACCACCAUGGGCAAGGUAUGUGCCGCUGUCACACACGCACACACACAUGCACAAUCUCCGUAUGUGUGUGCAUGUGUUUGUGUGUGUGUGUGUGUGUGUGUCAGAGCCUCAAUGACGGCAUGAAUCGUUUGGCUGAGGUCCAGCAGCAGGCGAGCAGCAGCAGCGGCAGUAGCGGGGCGGUGGAACUGCGCACAAAGAGCUCGUGGGGUCAGGAGUCGCGUGUGCUGGCGCCGUCUGGCCCGAGUGGCCGGAUGUCCGACGUGUGGGACCGAGUGCUUCUACUGUCGGGUGAGCGACGUCCGCCACACCGAAUGCGAUCGAUUCAUCUCCGCUGGUGCUGUUUUCUCUACAGGGGGGAAGUCUCCCGGGAAGAACGUGAGGAUACUCAUGGAUGGCGAAAGGGUGCUUCCGGAUCGCCGGCUGGCCGAUCUCAUGCAAGAGGACGGGACCGUGUUGGUCGACAUGGUGCCCGAGCAGAAGGGCGGCAUGUUCCACGCCUCGUCCGGCCGGCAUGGCUUCGGCACGUCAUCCUUCAUGCAGAAGCAGGCUGACGACAUGAGGUAUGCUUCCCCACAGCCAGUGAGUCAGUCGGUCACUCAGUGGCUGUGUGGCGUCUGUGUUCAGGUUGGAGAUGGAGUCGCUGGAGGAGAGGCUGCGGAUGCUCACGUCGGUGCACAAGGGCGGGCAGGAGUUGCUAGCCAGCACGCACCAGCAGCAGACCUAACACGCACAGCUGGAUGGCCUGGCAGGCCCAGCCCCUUAGAGUCCGCAGAGCAUCGCUCGUGUAUAGUACCGAUUGAUUGAUUGACGAAUGGAUGGAUGGAUGGAUUCAUUUUUAAACGUUGGCCCUGGACGUUGACGCUGUAUGAUCCUGAAGUGUAAUCGACUCUCC